CGUGUGCAUGACAUGGUGCUUGAUAUGAUCUGUUUGUUAUCAGAAGAAGAGAACUUUGUUAGAAUAUUUGAUCGUGAGGAGCCAAAUACAUCUUCAAAAGUACACCCUCGUAGGUUAGCCACCCAAAAAAGAAGUCAUAGAGUAUGAUCAUCUGGACAACAUGCACACAGCACAAGUCAGAUCAUUUAAUGUCACCGGGUGUCAUAUUGCUGCGAUGCCAUCACGUUUAGGAUUUCAAGCAUUGCGUGUGCUAGCUAUAGAAGACUGCACUUUUAUGAAAGAUUAUGCCUUUCAUCUUGAAAACCUUGGGAGGUUGCAUCAGCUGAGGUAUCUCGGACUGAGAGAGACACCUAUUAGUAAACUUCCUAAAGAGAUAGGGGAACUUAGGUUUCUGCAGACAAUAGACUUGUGGGAAUGUAAGAAUGUAGAGGCAUUGCCGCAGAGCAUUAUUCUGCUACGACAACUGAAGUGCCUCCGCGCUGGAGGUGCAGCAUGUAAGCCCAUAAGUGUGCCAGAUGGGAUGGGGAACCUAACAUCCAUGGAAGAGCUAUGGCUGAGAUAUGUCGACAAGUGUCCAAACUUUGUUCAAGAGCUCGGCAAGUUGACCGAACUGAGGAACCUUAAUAUUUGUAUUGAACUUCCUGAGAGUUGGAUGUGCAAGACAUUUGUAGAAUCUCUAGGCAAUCUGCAGAAAAUACAAGUCCUAUCUCUUCAUGCUCUAAAUGCAAAGCUCAGCUGGGAGGGCUAUGUGCCUCCUCCACAACUUUGGCAUUUGACCUUGACGACAGUAAACGCCAGACUGCCAUCGUGGAUUAAUUCCACGCUCCUUCCAAACCUUGUCCACUUAAAGAUUUCUUUGGAGCUCCUACGUCUCGAAAGAUGUGGAAGUGACAACGACAUCCCUGUUGUUAUGGGUGGCAAUGCCUUCCACAAGCUGAGGAGCUGCAACAUGACUGCACCGUUGAGGUUUCUACCGGGGGCUAUGCCGAGCCUCGAACGUCUUGAGUUUACAGUCCAUGUACAGCCCUUGAAGGAGGCCAACUUUGACUUCGACUUUGGUAGCUUGGAGAACCUCCCUUGUCUUCGAGAGGCGGUUAUAUUAACGUUGACGGCCGCGGCGCUGCUUUUCACAGAGAUCAUGCUGAUGUCAAUGAAUGAGCAAGUGAGCUAG